AUGUUUGAAGGCAUUGACACUCAGAAGCUGAACAUCAAGACUGCGCGCUUUGGGACGGGUGAGUGGCUUCUCGCCAACCCAGACUACCAAGAAUGGCUUCACUCUGCGCCAUCACCGCAAACCCCUCGCGUGUUGGGGAUCAACGGUAAGCCAGGGGCGGGCAAGUCGAUGAUCAUGAAGUUUGCAUACCUGAAUGCGAAGCGCGGAACCGGGAAUCAGCAUGUCGUUGCUGCUUCCUUUUUCUUCAACAAGGAAGGUGGAUACUUGAAAAGGUCAAUCGUGGGGCUGCAUAGAUCGUUGCUGCUUCAACUUCUUGAAGGAUGCCCUGACAUCCAGAUUAUGAUGGAUGAUUCUACGAUGGCGUCAUUGAGCCAUGGGGGCUGCCCUUCUCUGCAUGUUCUGAAGCACCUUUUCUGCCAAGCAGUCUUUGCUCUUGGCCAGCGAUCAUUCCUCUGCUUUAUCGAUGCUCUCGAUGUGUGUGAUGAACGGGAAGCUGCGGACUUGAUGCAGUACUUUGACAAUCUGACGAAGCUUUCCACUGCUGCAGGUAGCCUCUUUCGAGUUUGCGUGUCUGGUGGAGAUGGUCUCUCUAUGUCCCAUCGCUUUAGAACCCGAAUUAUACUGGAAGACCAAUCCGGCCACGUGAAAGACCUGGAAAGCACUAUUGCACGCAGACUUCACGCUGGAACGUCUACAUUGGUUGAAGGGCUGCACUCUAAGCUUCUCCAGAAAGCUGCUGGUAACUUCAAGUGGGUGCUUUCAGUUGUCGAUGAUAUCAACACUGAGGUUGCACGUGGUGAAAUGUGUUUGGGGAGGGUACUCAAGAAUGCUGGCCUUAUUUGA